UCUUACACCGGAUUGACUAUUUCAACGCGGAAUUUCACUUUCCACGUUACGUAAGCAGUGGGAAAAGAAUAAUCGUUUGGAAACGAGGGUUUGGUUUCAGACUUUCACAAAUCCUCAAGUUGAACCAAAUACGAACUACUCCUGAGAUGCUUAACCCUAAACGCUACGCACUGUACAAAAUCAUGACAUUCCUGUCCAUGAUUCAAGAUGCAAAUCUUGUUUCAAAAGGCUUUACGGGAAGUUUGAAUAUCAACAGAAGGGAGAAGCAUGAAAAUGAUGAGAAAUGCAAGCUUCCGGAAUCACCCAGACGAAUAAACAGUUCGAGUCAAGAUGAAUCAGAGAUAUGUGGCACUGUUACUGGUGUUGAGGAAAUACCUAGCAGAAUACGAGCGAAGCAUUUCCCCAGAACUUGUGGUGAGAAAAGAAGAACAGCAGAAAUGGAAAGAGCGGCAUCAUGGUGGGCGACCUUUGCGUUAUCUUUGUGUUCAUUGUCACUGAAAUACAGCAAACCACUUCUCCAAGCACAACCACGUCAUCCACUUUGGCUUUCCAUCAUAGCCAUGUUGAGCUUUACUUUGUUUGCAUGUUCUGCAACUGUUAUGCUUCUUGUUGGAGCUAGGUUCACUCAUACGCAGAUAAUUGUUAUGCUCAUUGCAUUCUUCGCUCUGGUGUUGGCUUAACAUGUUUUCAGAUUCGUUCACAAGUAGUAUCUUGCUUUUUACAUAUUUUCAUCUGCAAAACAAUAUUGUAACAAAGGUUUGAGUGUGUGAGAUAUUAAUCAUAUCUCCUCUCUUUAUAUAUUUACAUUCUGUUGCUCUGCCUUC